AUGGGUAGAAGAGCUAAGAAUAAGCAAGGUGUUCCACCUAGUUUCGAUGACUUUCAGGCGAAGCAACAAAAGAAAGACUCAAAGAGAAAGAGAUCUAAUUCUACAUCUGAACCAAGUCAGUCUAUAAAAAAGACUAAAGAUGAGAAGAGUAAACCAGAAAUUUCCAAGGCCAAGGUGUCAGCUAAGGCUAAACCCGUUCAGGAGGAGGAACCAGAACUCGAAACUGAAGAAAUAGUACACGCAAAGAAGUCAUUGUUUGAUGAUUCGGACGAAGAAGGUCUCGAAGAGCUUGACGAAGAGAUAGAAAACGAUGAAUUUGACGUAAACAGUGAAGAUGGCGAAGAUUUCGAGGACUCAGAUGAAGACGACCGUGAGAAGCCUAUGUUCUCGGACGAUGAAGAAGAUAUGGACGGGUUGAAUGCUGCUAAUAUGGAAGCGUUAUCUAGAAAGUUAGAUGAAGAAGAAGCAGAAGAAGCAGAAGAAGCAGAAAGAGAAUUAUUAGAAGGUCAGGUUGAUCAACCUAGAGCUAAAAUUUUGCCUACUGCUGAAGAAGAGGAAGAAAUGGCUAGUGGUCCACAAGAUGUCACAAUGACAAGAACUAGAAUGAUCGAAAUCGUGAAGGUUUUAGAAAAUUUCAAAGAAAUGGCAGAAGAAGGUAAAUCAAGAGCAGAGUACGUUAGUAGAUUGCUUAAGGAUAUCUGCGAAUACUUUGGUUAUUCCGAGUUCUUAGCUGAUAAAUUGUUCAACUUAUUUUCUCCAGCCGAAGCAAUGGAAUUUUUUGAAGCUAAUGAAAUCGCCAGACCUAUUACUAUCAGAACUAAUACCUUGAAGACAAGACGUCGUGAUUUAGCGCAAACCUUGGUCAACCGUGGUGUUAAUUUGCAACCAAUUGGUUCUUGGACCAAGGUUGGUUUACAAAUCUUUGAUUCCCAAGUUCCAAUUGGUGCAACACCAGAAUACUUAGCGGGUCAAUACAUUUUACAAGCUGCAUCCUCAUUCUUACCAGUCAUGGCAUUAGAUCCACAAGAAAACGAACGUAUCUUAGACAUGGCCGCCGCCCCCGGUGGUAAAACCACUUACAUUUCUGCCAUGAUGAAGAAUACUGGUUGUGUUUUUGCUAAUGAUGCUAACAAAGCACGUACCAAGUCUUUAAUUGCCAAUAUUCACAGAUUGGGAUGUAAGAAUACUAUUGUCUGUAAUUAUGACGCAAGAGAAUUUCCAAAAGUCAUUGGUGGGUUUGAUAGAAUUUUGUUAGAUGCACCAUGUUCAGGUACCGGUGUUAUUGCCAAGGACGAAACUGUCAAAGUAAGUCGUACAGAAAAGGACUUUAUGCAAAUUCCUCACUUGCAAAAGCAAUUGUUAUUAUCAGCUAUUGAUUCAGUCGAUGCAAAUUCUGCAACUGGUGGUGUUAUAGUGUAUUCUACAUGUUCCGUAGCUGUUGAAGAAAACGAAUCGGUAGUUGAUUAUGCUUUAAGAAAGAGACCAAAUGUCAAGUUAGUUGACGCUGGUUUACAAAUCGGUAAAGAAGGAUUCACAUCAUACCGUGGAAAACAUUUCAGUCCUAGUAUUUCAUUGACUAGACGUUAUUAUCCACAUACUUAUAACGUUGAUGGUUUCUAUGUUGCAAAGUUCAAGAAAAUUGCUCCUUCCCCACACGAUAUUUCUAAGGCUGGUGCUAAAGAAAAGGAAUCUUUGGCCAGAUCUGAAGCAGAAGAAGAAGGUAUUAUUCACGAUGACUUUGCUGAAUUCGACGAUGAUGCGGAUAAAGGGAUUAUUGAUCAAACAAUUAAGAGAAACUUAAAGAGAAAGGGUAUUAAUCCAAAUACUAGAAAAUAA